CGUUUCUUUCUUUCUCAAGCAGCCUAGAAUUCUGUGUUUCUUCUCCCUGUCUUCUAGCCCAUCUUAUUCCUAAGCAGUCUAGAAAAUCCCUACCAUCUAGUGACCGACCUUCUUUCUCCCUAACUGCUCCAAAGUAGAAAAGCACAACUUAGCCAACAAAAAGGCCAAAAAUCCCAUUUCUCCUUCUUCUUUUGUGCAUCUCCUUCCUUUUCUCUAAUUUUUUUUGUCCUUUUUUGGUGUUUCUGUUACUAAUUUGGUGGUGAUGAAUGAUGAUUGUUGGUAGUGGUAGCAUGAGUUGGUGAGAGAGUAAACCGAAAAUCCCUUCUCAUUCCCUGUCUUAUUCUAGAUCGGGACCAUGAGACGACCACGAAAAUCCAUGAAAAUCCCUAAUUGUCGGUACUUAGCGUGAUAUGACUGCUAGGAGCUUAAGGAUCUAGAUACAUUUUCAACGGACUGUUCACCCAUUGCCACCGGGAUCUACAAAGCCAUUACCAGAAAACAAGGAAUAUGGUAAGUUUGAGCAUCAUGGAUUAAAAAACACAAUGGAAUUGAAGAUAAUGUUUGCCAAAAUAGUGGUCAUCGAUGAAACUACAUGGACUCUAGCUGCCGGUGCUAUUGUUCCAGAACAACAGGACGUGGGGGUUGAAGAUGCUAUUGAUUUAGAUAAAAGAAGUGGUGAUUCUAAUGAGGUGAAUAUCAUGUCGACACAAACUGAAGGAAGCACUGCAAAAAGGAAGAAAAACACAAUUAGUUCUUCAAUUACAGGCAAAGGGAAGAAAAUGAAAUCAGGGGUUGCAACAUACUUGCAAAGACAAUUGGAUAAUCUUUGUGAUGCAGUUGAAAGUUAUACCUUUACUAGUUUGAGUGAAUCGUCAAAGAAGAACUAUAAAGCACCUACUGGUAGUAUUGAAGAAUGUAUGGGUGUAUUGUUAACUUUGCUUGGAGUUGAAGAUGGUAGUGAGCUUUUUAUGUUAGAUACUCGUUUGUUUGUGAAAUGAGAAUAUUGAGAUAUGUUUAGGGGCAUAAAAUCAAUUAGCUCAAAAUUUUCUUGGCUAAAGCAAGAGUUGGAAAGGGAAAAGUUCAAGUUGGAGUUGGAGAGGGAAAGACUCAGUAGUAGAAGGCAUUAAUACGAUAUUUGAUCUUGAGUUUUUAGUA